UACGGCUAUUAUUACCGCCCCCUUCGCCUUACUAUGCUGUCAUACAAUCAACUACGACUCCAUCUAUAUAUUCUUAAGUCCAUUGUUAUAAACAUUUUAACGUGAAUAUAUUUUCGCAGGAUCGUCAUCUUUGAUAUCAUUUUGUCAGUGCCGAAACGCGUGUUUAUCCCACUCUUUCGUAUGCAUGACAUUUCGACGUUCACUGACACUAUCAUCACACAAAAUGCUGGCGUUGGAGCGCAUACCUGAUCAAACAGGAUACUUGGUGUUAACCGAAGAUGGUGCCGUAUUGACGUCUGGAGGAGAUUUGGAAAAUGAUGAGAGAGUGGCAAAUAUUAUCAGUAAUUUGGUUACAUUGACGAAUAAAGUUGACCCAAAGGCGUUUCCCUCACAUGAUCCUUUUGAAAAGAUAUCGAUUAAAUAUAAGGAUCAUUGCUAUGUUGUAUGUCUCUCCAAUAAAAAGAUUUAUGUGGUAAAGAGAAAACUACAACCUCCGACUGUGGCGAUCGUCGAGCAGCAGCCUACCGUCGACGUUUAGAUACAAAUAAACAUAUGUUUAUAAAACAAUAAAUCUAUUCUUUGUAAGCUUUGAUAUCUAAUACAAGUUCAAUUUCUUGUCAUCAUUCUGAAAAGUUUCUACUCACUGUUAUAUAUCUAUAAGAAUAUAUGUAUUCUAAGAAUUAAAUUAGUGCAAUGUAGUUUUAGGGAAAGAUACAUGCCAAUGCCAUGGCUUCUUUCGAUUUCUUAAGUAAAAUAUUCUUCCAAUAUGUAAUUUGAUGAGAAUUAUGGCUAUGAUUAGUCUUGAAAUAUAUUUUUUAUCAAAAUA